ACAAUAUCUGUUCUCAUCAAUCGUCUUCCUCGGAAUCACUCUUAGUAUGCCAAAACCAGACCUCUUGUUAGGCCUAAUGGCCGCCAUUUCUUUAUUUCUACUCCCUCGACCUUGUAUUGCCCGACAAAGAAACGAUUGCGGCUCUAUUUCAUGUGGGAACGUUUCCAUCGGAUACCCUUUUCGAUUAAAAGGCCAGCCUAGCAGGUGCGGUGACAAAAGGCUUGAACUCGUGUGCCACAACAAUAACCUCACCACUCUAGAGUUGGAAAGCGGAAAAUUCAAUGUCCAAGACAUCUUCUAUCGAAAUUUAACGAUACGAGUCGUCGACAAGAGUCUUGACGAUGAUUGCUCCCUUCCUCUCAGCUCUGUAUCUGUUCGGUUUUCCGAGUGUGGGGCGACCUCGUAUCGACCUGGAGGUUUUGUUGGUGAAUUCAGCACCAUGUUUCUUGUGAACUGCACGAUGCCGAUUAAAUCUGCUGGUUACGUCAAGGCCUCGCGAGCUCGUUGCAGCACCAAUCCAACUGGUUCAUACUUUUAUUUUUUAGAUGAAGAAACAAAACCGCCUGAUUUUGAUCAAUCCUGCACGGUCAUAGCUCAGGUUCCGAUCAUGUAUCGAAGUAUCAGAGGCCUGUCUACAUCGGACAUCUACGAAAGGCUAUUAAUGGGCGUUGAGAUGUCAUGGAAAGACUACAAUAACACAUGUUACAAGCUUUCAUUUCACGACAUAUUGGCAGGUUUGGCAUAUGCCUUGAGAAAUUAUGUGGACAGCUUUGUCUAUUUUCUUUUCAAAGGCCCCCAUAUUUCCUAUAAUAAUAUGGAUCCACCGGACAGUACAUAUAUUCUCUGUCUUCAAAUAACAGGAGGAAUCUUCAUACCAAGAACUUUGCUCGGGAUAUUUUGCUUGACUGCACUUGUUACAUACCGAUGGCGGAGACGACAUUUAUCCGCCGACGAUGCCAUCGAAGAGUUCCUUCGCAACCAAAGUUUCAUGCCGAUCCGAUAUUCUUACCGUGAAAUAAAGAAAAUGACAAGAGACUUUAGAGAUAAACUAGGUGAAGGAGGUUUUGGCAUGGUGUUUAAAGGGAGGCUUCGUAGCGGUCUUAUUGUAGCAAUAAAAUUGUUGGGUUCAAAAGCAAAUGGGCAGGAUUUCAUUAAUGAAGUUGCAACUAUCGGAAGAAUUCAUCAUGUUAAUGUGGCAAAGAUUAUAGGGUUUUGUGUGGAAGGAUCGAGACAAGCUCUUGUAUACGAUUUCAUGCCGAAUGGAUCUCUCGACAAGAUCAUUUUUGCAAAAGAAAAUAAGGUCACUUUGAGUUGGCAGAAGAAGUUUGAUAUUGUGUUGGGAGUGGCUCGAGGGAUUGAUUACUUGCAUCGAGGAUGCGAUAUGCAAAUUCUACAUUUCGAUAUCAAGCCACACAAUAUUCUACUCGACGAGACUUUUAUUCCGAAGGUUUCGGAUUUCGGUCUAGCAAAAUUAUAUUCGGUAGAAGAUAAUAUCGUGUCUCGCACCGCAGCUCGAGGUACGAUCGGAUAUAUUGCUCCUGAAUUAGUUUAUCGAAACAUCGGAGGCGUAUCUUAUAAGGCCGAUGUUUAUAGUUUCGGGAUGUUGUUAUUGGAAAUCAUAGGAAUGAGAAAGAAUUUGAAUACGUUUGCUGAACAAUCAAGUCGAGAAUACUUCCCGUCGUGGAUUUAUGACCAAUUUGAUCGAGGAGCUGAUGUCGAGUUGGGGUAUGCAACGUAUGAUGAAAAGAUAUUGGCAAAGAAGAUGGUGGUAACAGCGUUUAGGUGUAUACAAUUAAAACCCGAUGAGCGACCUCCGAUGAGUAAAGUGUUGGAGAUGCUCGAAACCGAUGUCGAGCCCGUUGGAAUGCCUCCUAGGCCUUUCCAGUUCCUGCUUGAAACAUCCAGUGAAAGUCAUGGUUCUAAAAGUACAAUUGAUGAGUCUACUACGUCAAUUCAUGUUGCAAAUACAAGUAGCAACAAUGUGGUGUAAAACUAGUGAACUUAAGAAAAUCACUAGGAGUAUACUACCUAUCUUUCAAGUAUUUCCAUUACUUGUUAGUGUGCACACCUAGGUAGCUUAAGGCAGG